GGAAGUGAGACCUGUACAGUACGGCCAAGUUUGGAAAAAAUGGUGACUUUGUCAACAAACUGACAGCUGUGAGAAAACACCUUAAAAGUACGACAUGUGUUGAUAGAUAAUAUACAAACUGUCUUUUGUCGUCCAUUUUGGGCAGGAUGGCUGAACUACCCGGUCUACCACCCCUCCCGAAGUGUUUCAGUGAUGUUGUGAACCUAAACCCAUCAUUGACAAGUUUUGAAGAAAAAGAAGAGGAGUCUACGUUAGGCGGCAGUAUCAGUGACACGGAGUUCUCCAGUCUGUCCAGCCCAAUGAGUCAGCCGGACGGCAGGGAUAGCUUGCUUAGGGACGGCGACACCGACCUGCAAUGCAAUGCGUCGUACACCGGCUCUAGCGUCGAUUCGGCCGUCCAGUCGCCCGAGGACCAACCGAGUGGCAGUGAAGAAAUGUCGCCCUUCGUAAAGCUCAACACAGCUUUGUCUACUUUAAAGAAUGAAAUGGCUGGUCUGAGGGAGCUAGAUGUGUCACUUCUUUGCCAGCUAUGGUCGUUGAACGAUGCUAUCCAGGAGUAUAAGGUAGCAGUACAAGAUCGGUAUUCAGAAACCAACUCGGAAUAUUCAUGGGGCAUGAACAGCCGCACCAGUAGCAUUGGGAGCUUCGACGACUAUGAUUGGAAUGCAGACAUCUACCUAAAACCUGACGGCUAUGUGGACAGCUCCCUUCAUGGAAGUACAUCCAGUCUUUUACAACAGAUCAACGAACUUAAGGAACGUGCCGAAUCUGAAUUUAUGUGACUUUGACCAACUUAAGUAAUAAUUAGGUUAGGGCUCCAGUAGUUGUAAGAUAGGGUGCCCUUUAUGGACAACACUUAGCAUAUCUUGUAUUGUCUCAUCAGUGUAAGCAAAGGUGAUGCUUACUUUUGUUACUCGUUUUAAACAAAAAUAGUCUUUUCCAAAGUUAAGGUAGCCAAUCCACAUUUUAAUGAGGGAUAGAUUGGGUAUACUGUACAUGUUUUGUGGAAAAGUGUAGUGUCUAGAAUUGAAAGGUGAUCAAUGAUCUUUUUUUUUUUAUUUUUUUUCCCCCAAAUAAAUUUUAUUAUCACAUAAUAUGCAAUAUAUAGUCAUAUGUUUUCUGGUAAUUUUGAUAAGAUAUCAGUGUUCUAUUUACACUUUGACCUUCCCUCCUAUUAGUAGAUGAAAAGAACCAGAACAUUAAAUGUUUAAAAUUAACCACAUCCAUUUCAUAUAUAUAUGUGACCAACUAUUUCUACAAACUUUGACAUUGUUCCUGGUUCAUUUCAAUCUAUGGUAUUUCCUUUAGUUUCUGUUAUGGACCUUGCAUGGUAUUGUAUGAAUUCGUCUCCAUAAAUAUAUUAUUUAAUAUAUCUUUUGUACUGAAUUGUCAAGUCUUGCCCCUGUAAAGUUACCCACAAUAAAUGUCUCAAUUUUCUUAUUGUAAUUUUAUAUCUUUUAGAACAUUUUUUUUUCUUUUUUAGAAAAAUGGAUUUUUGAAUUAUACUUAUAGAAUUUUAACUGGGUUGUUAAACACUGGAUGGUAUUGUAUAACAUAUAACAAGAUCUAAUAUAUUGAUUUGCAUGUUAUUCAACUUUAUUUUUUGUCUGUCGUGUCAUCUGGCAAAUUAGGAAGGACUGCAGGGGAAAUAUUUUUUUCAAGUAGAGGUACCCAUUGGUAAAUGAAGUAAGAUUAACAUUGAUUUAGAUGAUAGUAAAUGGUAUUGGGGUUGCUUGGUUGUGUGAGAUUAGUUUGAGAAGGAGUUGAGAGGAACUCCAGUUACUGACCUGGGUAUUUUACAUUCCCUAUCUUACACUGCAGGGUGGGCUGAUACUCCAAAUCAGACAAUUCUUUGUUGGUAUAACGUUAGUGUUGUUUAACAUGGUAUUAUUAGUUCUGUACAUUAACAUAUAUAUAUUUAUACAUUUAUAUUUUUAACAAAUUGUUAAUAUUUAUGUUUUCUUGAUAUUUCAUUCAUGAUUGUUGAUGAAGACACGUUAUUAGUGCUGUGUGUGUUGAAGUUCAGGAGUGUACAGUUUUGAUUAUAUUGAAUUGUAAAUUACAUUAAAAUUUCCAGUAUAGUGUGCUUUGGUGAUACACUGUGAUGAGCUUUGGUGAUAAAAUGCACUCAUGGUGAGUGAACACUAGUGAACUAAGGUGAUACACUAGUGGGCUUGGUGAUGAACUGUUUCUACUUGCAGUAAGUGUACAUUUUAGUGAGCUUUGGCAAUACACUGUUGUGAGAUUUGGUAAUACACUGUUGUGAGCUUUGGUGAUCCACUGUUGUGAGAUUUGGUUGGCUUUGGUUGUAAUCAUGGUGAGUGAACACUAGUGAACUAAGGCGAUACACUAAUGGGAUUAGUAAUAAACUGUUUCUACUUGCUUUGAGUGUCCAUUUUAGUGAGCUUUGGUGGUAAACUGUUGUGAGCUUUGGUGAUACACUGUUGUAAUAUUGGUGAGUGAACACUAGUGAACUGAGGUGAUACACUAGUGAGCUUGGUGAUGAGCUGUUUCUACUUACAGUGAGUGUACAUUUUAGUGAGCUUUGGUGCUACACUGUUGUACUUAUAAUGAGUAUGUUUUAUGGGCCAUUUGGUGAUACAGAUUUGCCUCACUGUGAGUUUAUAGUUCAGUGAGCUUUGGAAAAAAACUUGAUUUGAUGAUAAUGGAGAGUUGUAUAACAUUUUUACUGUUGAUAAGGUGCUGUUUGGAUACAUUAGGGUAGAGACAUGUACAUGGUGUUUGCGAGAAGUGCUGCUUUUUUUCUAUUACUGGAGGGUGAACUAUUUUUGACUUGUACUGGAGAGUGAACUAUUUUUGACUUGUACUUAAUAGUGAACUAUUUUGUUUUUAGGGACAAAAAGAUUCACUCAUCAAUGGGUGCAUCACAGUUAUUCAACACACGAUUCGAUUCACAACACAAACAUAUUUACAUUAUAUAUCAAUAAUUUAGGAAUUGAUAUUGGUCCAUAGAAAUACCCUCUCAGACCAGUGUGAUUGAACUAUCAAUAGAGUGGCACUAAUGAUCCAUAUUGUAAUCAUUUGGGAACACUUUUGUUCAUGAUUACAUUGUAUGUGUCGAGCGACUUAUUUCGGAAUCUCAACUUCACAAUAGACUUGAAUUUGUGACCAUCCCAGCAAAUACUGUAUACCAGGCUAUUUUCGUUGCAGUUUAACUUUUGCCUUUUUCACCCUCCAUAAUGAGGGCGAAUUUAUUCUAACCGCGAAUUUAAAACGCCCAGCAUAUUGCAUAUAGUCAUUAAAUGAGUAGGGCAAAAUUUACACUGGACAGAUAUGGAUUUUACCAGUGAAGGUAAAAACAUUGACUGGGCUAAAGUUUCCCGGUAUACAGUAUACCUAGAAGUGUUUUUAAAACAUUGUAAAGCUGGUAAUAUACAGUAUCAAAGAAUAUUGCUACAACACUAUUUUAUGCUAAUUUACUCUCGACCAGUACUGUUAUGAUACAUUGUCAUAUGCAUUAUUUACUUUCUAAAUAAUUAAAACAUAUCAGAAUGUAUAUGUUAUAGUAAAGCAAAUAUAGUGACGUGUAUCCUGGUCUGUUUCAUCCCCAGAGUGUGUUUGAAUUAACAAAGUGCUGUUACUGUAUGCAUAACACUAAAUGAAGUGGUUGUAUUGUACAUGUAGAUAUUAAGUACAUGGUAAGGUUGAUAUCUGUUGAUUAAGUGAAGUGCUGUUUGGGUUCGAGUGAACAAAAUGAAGUGCUGUUUGAGUAAGAGUGAACUAAAUGAAGUGCUGUUUGAGUAUGAGUGAACUAAAUGAAGUGCUGUUUGAGUACGAGUGAACUAAAUGAAGAGCUGUUUGAGUACGAGUGAACUAAAUGAAGUGCUGUUUGGGUUCGAGUGAACUAAAGCAAGUGCUGUUUGAGUACAUGUAGUCUAAAUCAAGUGCUGUUUAAGUACGAGUGAACUAAAUGAAGUGCUGUUUGGGUUCGAGUGAACAAAAUGAAGUGCUGUUUGAGUAUGAGUGAACUAAAUGAAGUGCUGUUUGGAGUUCGAGAUAACUAAAUCAAGUGCUGUUUGAGUACAUGUAGUCUAAAUGAAGUGUUGUUUGGAGUUCGAGUGAACUAAAUCAAGUGCUGUUUGAGUACGAGUGAACUAAAUGAAGUGCUGUUUGAGUACAUGUAGUCUAAAUGAAGUGCUGUUUGAGUACAAGUGAACUAAAUGAAGUGCUGUUUGAGUAAGAGUGAACUAAAUCAAGAGCUGUUUGAGUACGAGUGAACUAAAUGAAGUGCUAUUUGAGUACAUGUUGUCUAAAUGAAGUGCUGUUUGAGUUAGAGUGAACUAAAUCAAGAGCUGCUUGAGUAGGAGUGAACUAAAUGAAGUGCUGUUUGGAGUUCGAGUGAACUAAAUGAAGUGCUGUUUGAGUACAAGUGAACAAAAUGAAGUGCUGUUUGAGUACGAAUGAACUAAAUGAAGUGCUGUUUGGAGUUUGAGUGAACUAAAUCAAGUGCUGUUUGAGUACGAGUGAACUAAUUAUAAAUGAAGUGCUGUUUGAGUACGAGUGAACUAAAUGAAGAGCUGUUUGAGUACGAGUGAACUAAAUCGAGUGCGAUUUGAGUACGAGUUAACUAAAUGAAGUGCUUUUUGAGUACAUGUACUCUAAAUGAAGUGCUGUUUGAGUAAGAGUGAACUAAAUGAAGUGCUGUUUGAGAACAUGUACUCUAAAUGAAGUGCUGUUUGAGUACAUGUUUUCGAAAUGAAGUGCUGUUUGAGUACAUAUCCUUGAUAGUGAAGUGAUGUUUAGGUACAUUAGAAUGAUGAAGGACUUGUUGAUGUCACAAUGCAGAUAUUAAAAUGGUGUUUUAACGAAAUGUUUACAGGAAUGACACAGCACUUGAUACACUCGUAGAUGGUUUGUUGAUGGUGUUAAUUAUUCAGAUCUGCUACUGUAUGGUGUAAAUGAUGCAACAAAGACAAUGGAAUGUAUAUAUCAAUACUAAAGGGGGUAGUGUUUUUGUUUAUUCCGUUUUUUUUGGCAAUGCAAGUAUGCUGUAUUUUGAACAGCAAAAUUGCACCAAGGACAUGUAACUUAUUUUUAUAGGGACUUUCUGUUUCAUAUACAAUGAUUGUGAAGUCUGAAAUUAUCACUGACAAACUGAGGCUGUGAUUUGAAACGGUUGUAGGUUUUAAAUGGUGACCAGUAGAUUGUUCGACCAAAGCCGUUUUCUUUUGUAAUGGAAUAUUUUAGUUUGACCAAGUAGCUUUGACUAAAUUAAACUUUAAUUGUGAGCUUUUUUGAAGGUUCAUCUGUCAUUUGAUCUUGGUAGUUAUAUUGUAUAUAAAUUUAUUUUGAUAUGAAUUCAAGUGUUUAUGGUUCAAAUAACAAUCGCCAAGGUUAAACAAAAUUUUGGUUAACAUGUAUAUAGCAACUUAAAAAAACCCAUCUGUAGGUUGUGAUGAAUAUAUUUUUCCUAAUAUUUAUCAAGUUACAGUGACUGCACCUAUAGAUAACCACUUGAACCAACAAUGUGUGCUAAUAUAUGUACGUCAUAAAAUGGCCAUAUUAAAACGAAUCAAAUGCUAAGUUUACAAAGCAAUUUGUACUUUGAAACACAUUAUUUGAUGUCAUUGCUUGUGUGUACAUACUAUUUUGCAUGAAGACAGUUGCCAAGUGUAUAAAAGAUUUGAAUUGCUUAAUGAUGCUGGUUUAGUUAUUGAUGAUUAGAGAUUAGAUAUGAUCUAUCACAACAGUGAUUAAUGAACAGCUCACUGAUUGAGAUAUUGAUAUUUAAAAUAAGGUGAGGUUUAUUGAACGGUGAUUUAUCUCAUUCAGCAAUUCACCCCUGAAAUUUCAUAUUGAACUAUUCCAACCAUUGAAUUGGAAGAAUUCAAAUGUCUUCAGGGGUGAAUGAGUUAAUAUUUAUUUCAAAAGCAUUUUUUAAAUAUAUAAUCCCCAGUGAGGUUUGGUUUUAAAUGGAUGCCAGUUUCACCUCCAUACCAUUAAUAUGUGUUCACGUAGUCUUGUGUAGUGUUUUAAGUUUGUCUAGUCAGGUAUAUGUUGAUCUUAUAACUAAUUCUACAAAGGUCAUGUACUACAUGAAAGGGGAGGUAACUAUAUGUAUGUUCAGACAGGGUUCCUUAUUUUCGGUUGAUUGUCAACUUGUGCCAUUUAAUACAUAUUAAUGUAUUCUUUCAGUUGUAGUUCUCAACCUUAGAUUCUAAAAUAAACACGAGUAGAGAUCUGUGUCCUGAUCAUGACCUUUUAUAAUUCAAUACCAAAUAAUUUAUACACGUUAGCCAAAAUAGGUGAGAUCUCCUUAUGAAGCAUAACAGAUAAGCCUUUUGAUAUUUUUUUAUCUACAUGUACAAGAAAGGUCAAUACAUGUAAUAAUUUUUGAAAUGCCACUAUGAAGAGCAUAAACAUUGGUUGAAAUUGUUGCCAGUUAAACUUUUAACCUCUUCCCUGGGAAAUAUUCCACCCCAAACUCCCUGUUAGAUAUUUUCCAUCAUACCCUGCUUAUGUGCAUGUAAUUUUACAUCAGACCUAUUGGUAUGAUAGACGGAGGGGAUUUCGACAUGUUGGACUUGUGAUGUGACCACCACCUUGUCUCUGGUUCAUAGCUCCAACAGUCCUUUCCAACUGUGACAUCUCUAAGAGCUUUCCCCUCGUGUCAUUUUCUAACUUAAUGUUACCAAAGGGACUGUGGCAAUAUCUGCCCCAAUAGGAGGCAUAAGAUAUAUUGAUUGCUCAUAGGUUAUGCUUGGAAAAGUAACUUAAAAAACAAAGAGUAGAAUUUUACUGGUAGACAAGGUUUGGCUGAUGUAAAGUGACUGUGGUGCAAGAAUGCUUUCCUUUCGAAUACAAUUGCUUGACUACCUUGGACAAUCUAAGGUACGCAGAAAGCAAGGUAUACGGUAAUAUAAGUCUUAUUAUUGUAGGAUUGAUCGAACAUGUAUAUACACAAAAGUAGCAUUUUAUGUGAAAUGUAGUUAAGUAAAACUUAUCAUUUAAAAAACCCCAAAAACUUGCUUAUUAAAACAUUGAGUGUAGUAUAUAGAAAUUAAAAAAGUGAAGAUUAAUAUAACAGGUUCUAACUCCCAUAGAUGGAUGUAUUAUUCAGAUCUUCAAUUUUGCAAAGUCUUCCAACAAAUUUAAGUAACUUUUUAUAAGGUUUACAUUGGGUUUACAUUUGAUUUAUCUUUUUGGAAAAUUAUAUAGUAAGAAUCAAAACCUACAAUGUACCACACAGUAUGUCCAUUGGUAUUCAUUUUUGCUUGUUAUUUUUAAAUUGCUUAAUUCAAUAGUCAGGUACAAAUACCAUCAUCGUUUUGUGCUAGCUUGCUUACUAUUUGGUUUUAUAGCUUUGGUAUGGCAUGUUAAUUUUUAAUUCGGGACCACCAUGACAUGUUAUUGUUGUGUAUAUUUCUUGUUUAUUAAUGUUUAAUAGAAUUGAUCAAAUGUUUUUCUCACUGUUCGAUUCAUACAUUAGAAGACAUACAUGUAUUAAAGUUACUUGAUGGUAACACAACAUACUGGAUUCAAACUUGUUGAUUGAAAAUAAUGAAGUUCACGUUGUCUGUAUAACUUGUAUCUAUUUUGACCAGUAUUCCACAUGUAUAGUUUAUCUUUGUGUAUCUAUAGGUGUAGGAGGAUGCUUUUAUUACUGAAGUUAUUGUACUACUAAACAUUACCAAUGAGGUCAUUCUUAAAAUAGUGUUGUUGGCUGUGCAAUGCCUUACACUAUAGAGGCUGAAUAUGUAUGUAGCAUUUCCAAAAUAUUUAUGGAGAUAAUUGUUUUCUUUUCAUGGUACUCCAAUUUUCAUUUUAAAGAAAACAACAAUUGUAAGGUAUUGACCAAUUCAUUGUGUAAAACCAAAUGCUACUUUCUUCUUAUUUUGGCAAAAGGGAAUGUCGAACAAACAGGUACUGCCCAGUUAAGUAAAUAUGUAGACUAGACUAGAUGUGGUCAUGACUGUGGCAGUAGGGCGGAAACCUACUGGAGGGAGUAGGGCUGUUACCGACUUAACAGUUUCAUGGCCGGAAACUAGAGGAAACUGAAGUUUCAGGGAGGAACUGAAUGAUUGGAGCGAGUGAUGCCAACCAGACAGUUAUGACCAGGGAGUUUCCAUGUUAUCCAGCCAAGUUAUAGAUGAAAGAGCUAAUGGGUUCAGACAAUGAUAUGUAGGAAGAUUAUAGGAAUAUCUAAUAAAUUUUGGGGCACUUAUAUGAGAAUUAUAUAAGAUGCCCAAAUUGUAUGAAUGAAGUAACAAUGGCAAUGAUUAAUCAAUACAAGGCCCUAUGUGGCAGGUGCACAGUGAACAUCACCAUUUUAUCAGUGGCCUUAUGUAUAUACCACCUACCUCUAAAAGAUUGUCAUUUUUGUUUUUUAUCAGGCUUUUCUUUUUUGUUAAAAUUACGAUAAUAUGAAGAAAAGCAUUUAUUAUAAUUUUCUUGGGCGAUACAGCUACUGCAAGUAUGCUUAAGAAAUAUUUUGUCAGAAAGUGUGCUGUUUACCAGAAUUUGUUGAUGUCUACAAGAACAAUAAUUGUUUGUAACACCAAACCCCAAAAGUUGUUUGGAUUGAAGUACAUGUAUGUACUAGUACUGUGCCCUCAAGAAAUUGAAAGUAAAGCAAGUAUGUUGUGAUGUGUACUCGUGACUUUAUUGGUACAUACACAGCGAUGUAUUUUGCACUCCAAAAAAAAAGGCAAAUUUUAUUAACUUUUACGGUAUGCUGUGUCCUUAAAAAAAUGAUGGUAUAGCAGGCUAUGCCUUCCAAGAAUUAUUGGCAAGCACUGUUGUAUUCCAGGAGAAUUUCUUGGCAAGUUGUUGCUAUUUCGAUAUACAUGUAUAAGAGCAUUAGAAGUUACAUUAUUAUGAUUUUAUUGUGUUUUUUUGUCCUGUGUUCAUUAAUCAUAUAGCUCAACAUAAUACAAAUAGAUUUAUUUAUAGAUUUUUACCAAAUUAUUUUUAAUAUAUUCCACCACAGUUCAUAUCUAAAUGUAAUACACUGUAACUACUUACCAAGUUAUACGAAUAUAUAAAAUUAUGUAUAAUAUACUUGCUAUCGGAGGCACGGUAGUCCAGUGGUAGGACGCCGGGCUCAUGAC